AUGAAUCUACGGUGGCCUUUGGACUACGUCGACAUCGUCUUCGCCAACAGGAGCGACAUCAACGCUCCGAUGGAGGAGGUCGUCAGAGCCAUGACCUUCGUCAUCGACCAGGGCAUGGCCAUGUACUGGGGAACGUCCCGCUGGAACGCCGUGGAGAUCAUGGUAGGUCUCUCACCUGUCUCUCUCUCUCACCUGUCUGUCUCUCAGGAGGCGUACUCCAUAGCUCGCCAGUUUAACCUGGUUCCUCCGGUGUGUGAACAGGCUGAGUAUCAUUACUUCCAGAGAGACAAGGUGGAGCUGCACCUGCCGGAGCUCUACCACAAGAUCGGGGUCGGAGCCAUGACCUGGUCUCCGUUAGCCUGCGGUCUGCUGACAGGGAAGUACAACGAGGGGGUCCCCGAGAGCUCCAGGGCCGCCAUGAAGGGUUAUUCGUGGCUGAAGGAGCGUCUCUGCAGCGACGAGGGGAAGAAGCAGCUCAGUAAAAUCAAAGAGCUCCACCUGCUGGCCGACAGACUGAACUGCACUCCUGCUCAGCUCGCUAUAGGUACACCUGUC